GUUUUCAGCUGCAGACAUGUCGGGUCAGGCACCGGAAGCUUGUGUUAAGACCCUCCUCAGUGGAUGUGCGGGGGGUACGUGUGUGAGUGUGCGUGAUGAAUGGUGGGCGUGUCGGACAUGAAAAAGCGUGAGCGGAGAGACUUACCGGACAGAUUUUACGCACAGACGCGCUUCAUCCGAUCACAGUUCUUUUGUUUCUGCCGUGAUGUUGCCUCUGAGGACCUUCUCUUUCUGGAUGCUGGUUUUCCUCCAGCAGCGGCUCUCCUCCUCAGCGGGGCACAGAGCAGGAGGGGGCUCCGUGGCCCCCCGUGGCAGGUUCAACACCAGUGACCACAUGCCGUGCACGUGGACUGCCAAGGACGCGGGAGACKCCGUGACUCUCAGGGUCAGAUGCCAGAACACGGAGGCCCGGUUCGGAGGCGGACACGCCGACCCGCUGAGGUGCGCGUACCGUGGCAGACCUCAGAGCUGCCCGGCCUUCCGCUCCGACCCGCGAGGCUUCUGGAAGCAGGUGGGUCGCGCGCUCAAGAAGCUACGGGCGAAACUGUGCAGGGACGAGCGUGCGCUGGUCAGGGCUGGCGUGUGUAGGCGCGCGCCCAGAGACGCGCACUUCCAACUGGACGCGAGCAGCUCGGCGCCCUCCGCGCAGUCCGAAGGGCCGGUGACCCACACCCCGACCACGGCUCCAGAUCCGACCCCCCGCCCCACGUCGACCCCCUGCACGGGGCGCGCGGACCACCGGAGCACWGCCGAGGAGUACUGCAGUAGCGCGUGGGCCUCCAUGUGCUCCUUCCUCCUGUCCAUGCUCCAGACUGAGCCCUGUUAAUAAGUCCAGCCUGGGUCUGGUUCUUCUUACAACAACCUCAGGUGUUUUAUUUAUCAGCAGCAGCACGGUCUGAAUAUUAUUUUAAUUUAUAUGUCUGCAUUUAAGGCCAGUUUUAGAAAAAUGUGUCCAAGUUCCACUUAUUUUACAAAAAACAAAACAAACAAAAAAAAUUUCAGGUCAUUCUUCAGGUGUUUUUSACAUCUACUGUUUUAGAUGUUCAUUAUAUACAAAUGUAAGCUCUUAAUAUAUGCCUCAGGCUGUUAAAAUGGUACGUUAUAUUAUUUCCUCUUAACAUUACAUAUUUUAACAUGGGCAAAUUUUAUUUCCAGUUUGGGCAAGUUUUAUGUGUGUGUGUUUCUGAAAGUAUUGUCUACUGUAAAUAGUAAAUGUGGUUCUUAAGAAGUAUUUUUGCUGUGUUUCUCUGAAUGCUUUGUGUUCUUCUACCUCUGGACUUUUAUCAACUAAAUUCAUUCUUGUAUAAAUAAAUGUGCUCUUUUUCUUCAUU